ACCAAACCCGAGCUCUGAGCCCUCCCACAAUAAAAUCCUCUGGGAUCAAGGUUUCCUCCGAUUGGUCGGGGAUGCUGCGAUGGGGGGGCGAGAACAAUAGCAUCAUUCCGGCAUAAAAAGAGUGGAGCUAUGCCUUGGAGACGAAAACAUUUCAGCAACAGAAGGAUCGAUAUACCGGGGAGAUAAAGUCCCGUCAGCUUCUAGUGUUGCCAUAUUUUUAACCAACCUGGAUACUCCAGACUUCACCCGCCUCCCCGAAGUGCCUUUCCGCUGCGACUCGCCAAGAUGCCCAAAGGAUUCCUGGUAAAAAGAAACAAGAAAUCUGCACAUGUUUCCUACAGGACCCGGUCAGACGAGGAUGACCUCCAGGAGCCUCCCACCCCAGCUGCCUUGCCGAGUCAGACGGACCCCUCCCCGCCGAUGUCCGUGGCGUCCAGUCCGGACCGCGCCUCAGCAUCACCGGAUUUCGGCGCAGCUGACGCGCCGGUGCCAAGGCUGGAGAAGCCGGCGCAGUUCGGCAACCCAGAAGCGGUGUGCCAAGCCCUGUACAGCCCCACCCGGCCCAUCAGCAAGGAGCACGACAGGGGAUAUUUCGAGCGAAGUUUCAAUCUGGGCUCUCCGAUUUCUGCUGAGUCAUUCCCAACACCCGCCUCCCUCUCCGGCUUGGACCAUCUCCUGUACGCUCCGGUCGACCUGAAGAUCGGCACCAGCAACAGCAGCCGGAGCGGCACCACCACGACCAGCAGCAGCAGCAGCAGCAGCAACAAUAAUAUCAACAUCAUCAACAACAACAACAACCACAACAGCCACAGCCACAGCCACAGCCUCCCGGGACCGAGCCGGGUCAGCACCAAGCGACCCGCCACCGACGGAGCAGAGCGCAAAUCCAAACCCGCGUCCAAGAAACCCAAAGCCAUUAGAAAACUCAACUUUGAAGACGAAGUGACGACUUCUCCGGUGCUCGGUCUGAAAAUCAAAGAGGGGCCGGUGGAGGUGAAGCCGCGCGCGCAGACAUCCGGAGGGAACAAGCCUUUGGGGGAGUUUGUGUGUCAGCUGUGCAAGGAGGCGUACGCGGACCCCUUCUCCCUGGCCCAGCACAAGUGCUCCCGCAUCGUGAGGGUCGAGUACCGCUGUCCCGAGUGCGACAAGAUGUUCAGCUGCCCGGCGAACCUCGCCUCCCACCGCCGCUGGCACAAGCCGCGGGCGACCGGCGCGCCCGCCGUGCCCGCGGCGCAGGGCAUCAAGCCCGACAUGGCCAAACUGCCCCCGCUGGGCGUCAAGGCGCUCACCGACGAAGCCAAAGACACGAGCGACAGAGACACCCCGAGUCCCGGGCUGUCCGAGUCGGGCUCUGAGGACGGCUCCUACGACUGCCAGUUCUGCGGGAAGAGGUUCAAGCGCCAGGCGUACCUGAGAAAACACAUCAUGGGACACCAGGCCCUGCAGAAGAAAGUGCUGGAGGAGCACGGGUUUCAAACCAGCGACCGCGGGGCAGAGCAGGCUCCGGCGUCGAUCUCCUCCUCCUCCUCCUCCUCCUCCUCCACCACCACCUCAGCAUCCUCCUCCUCCUCCUCCUCUUCCUCUUCCUCAGAGGAAGCCUCAAACCAAAGCCCCCUCAACCUGAGCCCGGUGGACCGCCUGCUGUGCCCGGUGUGCGGGGAGAGCUUCACCAGCAGGGCCGGCCAGGAGAGACACCUGCGCCUCAUGCACUCCUCCCAGAUCUACCCGUGCAAAUACUGCCCCGCCACUCUCUACAGCUCGCCGGGACUCACCAGGCACAUAAACAAGUGCCACCCCUCUGAGAACAGGCAGGUGAUCCUGCUCCAAAUGCCGGUGCGCCCCGCCUGCUGAAGACAACUCGUGCCUUUGAUGGAGGAGGGGGGAGAAAAGAAGAAUAAAAAAAAAAAAGAAGAGAAAAGAAAGAAGAAACAAAAAAAAAGUGUCUUUGGGGUUUAAAAAAAACAAAGAGUUUGUGAUGCUCACUGCCAUAACUUUAGGCCAAUGAAGGCAGUGCGGUUUGAUGUUUAAGUGGUGUCUUUUCAUGCCAAUCAGUGAUUGUUGAGCGCUUCUCUCUAUAUUUGAACUACAUAUAGGCCUAUUUUGAGAUUUUUCUUUCUCAAAUUAGUUUAUCAAGUGGAAAAAAAAAAAGAAGAAGAAGAAGAAGAAGAAUACAAAGCGUUAGUUUGACUGUUAAAAGGGUAUUUUUCUAGUACAGCACAUGCUCAAUGAUAGCUUCUAGACCUAAGAAAUGUCUUAAAAAUCUCAGAAAUCCUUCGGCCCAGCCAAGUCCUGACUCCUCUGUCACUGCAGCUUUAGUUUGUGAAGGACAGAACUCAUCCAACUUUGUCUUGGUAGGGAGAGAAAAGAAAAGGAAAAAAAAAAGGUGACUGAAGAUUUCCCUGUUAAGUAGAACCACAAAUGCCUUUAGUAUACAGAUAAGCCUAGUCCGAAAUAGCCUACACACACACACACACACACACACCCAAAUCCUGCUGUAUAACUGCCUUAAAUGAGUCAACAUAGAUUGUUUUAAUUUUUCAUGCUGGCACAUAUUUUAUUAUUAUUAUUAUUAUUAUUAUUAUUAUUAUUAUUGACGAUCGUUGCAAUAUUUUUCAUCAUAUGUUUAUUUAUUUAUUUAUUCUAAUUAUUUUAUGUAACUUAUUGUUGUGUUUGUUGUGACUUUUUCUGUGAAUCGUUCUGGCAGUUUACAUGUCGUAUAGCCAAAAUGUUUUUCAUUUCUUUAAAAAAAUUUUUUUUCCUCCCCUUUUUUUGGGUUAAAAAUUCAUGAGUUGUGAUAAAUGUCGUGGGUCGGGUCUUAAAUCUUCAAUCUCCACAGCUCUUGUUUAAAAAAAA